AUGAACCCAAUGGACGGUUUCCAAGGCAUGAUGGCCACAUCUUGUGGAGAAGGAGUGCCGCUUGCGCCAGCUGUCCUCACAGAAAAUCCAUUCGGCGUGGUGGUCCCCGGGCGCCCGGUGUGGUUAACAUUUCAGGCCCUGGACGCGACUCAUUGGACAGUAGCUCUUGGGGAUGCCCCCAAAUCAUUCGUAGUGUUCCUCACCCAAAGCGUUCCCCUUCCAGCUGGCUGCGGUAUCGAGGUUUACCUCGCGCGGGAGAUGGAUCCUAACGGUGGGUUUGUGUAUGUUGGAGCUCUCACUGCACAGAACCCAAGUUCACUUAUCCAAACCCCGAAUACCUUUCUUAACGUUGACCAGCCGGUGCGCAUUGUUCUGGGACUCGCGUUGGGGACUGAGGACAGCAUCCAAAACUUAUCUCAGAGUGUAAAGCCGCAGCUGGAGGAGGCACAGAUGACUACCAAGAUCAUCAUAGCGGAGCGUAUUCUUGAGGAUUUGUGCAACUUUGUAUUGAGCUACGCGCGCAGUAUUAAACCUGGAGACUUGGUGUCCCAGUACAUUGCCACUGAAGAGGAGCAUGUACUGAUGCCUGCAUCCUUUGUGACAAAAUGGAGGGAUCGAGUAAUGACAAGACUAAGAAAGGAUGCAAGUUUUUGGAAUUAA